UCGAACCGCAGUAACAUUAGUAACGUCUCAGUUUGUUUAUGUUUUGAGGUUAGAGAUGUUUGGAACGCUAAGAAAAUUGUUUUUAACUAUGUCAAAUUAUAAACGUUGUGAUUACAGGAGUGUGAAGUGAAAAAUGAUUGGAUAGAGCAAUGACGUCGACGGACACGUACCAGUUGAAAUGGCACUCGCACAGUUCUCACUUGAAUGGGUCGGUGGCGGCUUUGCUCCGGUCGGAGCGGUUCACGGACGUGGUGCUGUGCACCAUGGACGGGUCACAGAUCCCCGCGCACAAGUUCAUCCUGAGCUCGUGCAGCGUCUACUUGAGCAACCUGUUCGAGGGCCAACGCUCGGUGAUGCGAAUGGGUGGGAUGCUGUAUGUAGUGCUACCAUCAGAAAUAUCAACGAAGGCGCUCAAAAUUUUAGUCGAGUAUAUGUAUAAAGGUGAAACAACAGUUUCAAAUGAAGUCCUGGAUACGGUUUUAAAAGCGGGUGAAGUGUUGAAGAUCCGUGGGUUAUGGCGGCAGACGGACGAAGUUGGUGGGGACUCCACUCCAGCAGAGAAGACGACGGCUGCAAACAGCACCGCCAUCGUCAACAAACAGACGUUGCAGAAGAAACCGGAGGAGCCGCAAAAGAUAGCUGUGAAAAAAGAUGAUAAAUUACUUAAAACUUUUCAACCUGUACAACAGCAAGGAGUUACAAGGCCAAUGUUUAUCGGCCCACCAAAAUUGGUCUUUAUUAAAACAAGUGAAGGUGGCACACAAGCUGCACUAAGGCCAGGGGCCCCGAAAGGUCAAACCAUUCUUGUUACACAAGCCCCUCAAUCAGACUCAUCAGUUGCUACUGCAACAGCUUCUACACAAGGCCCGACUAUCACAGUAGCACCAACAACUAUUGCUGAUGACUCCCCGGAUGAGGCCCCUCAUCCCAGGAUACUGAGAAGACAUGCGACAGAGCGGAAGUACGGCAAGAAACAGAAGACUGAUACUAACAAUGAUGCUGAAGAUUCCAAGGAAAGUGAUGCUUCUGAGACUUCAAAAAAGUCAGCACAAACAAAUAACACGACAAGCACAGAAAUCCAGGUGAAAGAUGAACCGGAUUGGGAUGCCAGCAGUAUAGAGGAGGAAGAAAGGUCCAUCGCUGAAAUGUUUCAAGCUGAGAUGAGCGUCAAAUCUGAACCUAUUGAUGACAUGGACAUUGAAGAUGAAGGACUGGUGUACAGCCCGCUGACGUGCGAGCUGUGCGCGGAGGUGUUCACGCUGCCGGCCGCGUGGGUGCGCCACGUGCAGGAGCACGGGCUGCACGCGCCCCACGCGCGCAAGCGGAAGUACCGCUCCGCGAGUGACGAUACGGAAGAAACCACGGCCCUGUUGCGCUGCGACUUGUGUCAGAAGCACUUCCCCAACCCCGCCGAGUGGGUCCGACAUAUCCAGAGCACACACACUGAGUCAGAAUUGGCCAUAUCAAACAACAGUCAGCCACCAAAACGUCACAAUCGUUUCACAGAGGGCGCGCAAAACAAGACUUGCUUUCAUUGCAAGAAGAUGUUCCCAUCACACGCAUCUAUGCUCAUACACAUGCGUACCCAUACAGGCGAAAGACCAUUCGUGUGCGGGCUGUGUAACAAGGGAUUCAACGUGAAGUCGAACUUGCUGCGUCACCUGCGCACGCUGCACGACCAGAUCAUAAGCCCGGCGCGCGUGGACACGGACUCGGCGGACGAGGCCGGCCCGUCCGAGGUGAAGCGCGAGUCCUGAGGCCGCGGGGGGGUGGCGGGGCGGCGGGGCCGCGGCCGCGGGCGCGCCCGCGCCGUGCAGCCCGGGGUCCCCGUGCGCAAGCCCGGCGGGUACUCGCUCUUCUUGAAGCAGCGCGCCGUGCUCUUCUCGGCUAAGAAGUGGAAACAGUAGUCGCGGUUCGCUACCUUAGCGCUGGAUGUCGCAUUGGACACGCUGAUCUCGCCGUGUAUUUGAUGUUGUAAUACUCGGUUAUACUUAGAUUAGAAUUAAUGUUCUUGCAUGCAACGGAAUGAAACUAUGAAGUUUGAUGGUUACUUUGGGAAGUUUCAGUGUCUUUAACUUCGAAGGUUUAAAAUAUUUAAUAUCGGUGUCGUCAUAGUAUAAUUCCAAUAACAAACGAAUGAUAUAAAUGUGUAAAUGUUUUACUCGAUAUUUGGCGAACAAAGCGAUCUCCAGCGUUCAACAACAUAAAUAAAGUAACGUUCAGUUUAUUUGUUCGUAACUCUGUAUAUUGUGUUGGUGUCGAAAAAUUGUAGCGAUGUCGCGGCCCGUUCCCUCUUAGACCCUGUCCACCCUCCUAAAUUUUUAUUAUUAGUACUUAAAAUUAAUUUAAAAGAUUUCAUUUGUAAUUCUCGAGUGAAUUAUUUUUCUAAAGUUACCUAGAAUGUAAAAUUUAAGAUUAUUUGAAGUGAUUUAUUCCACGAAACUAGUCACAUUAGUGUUAAAAAUGUGAUGAUGGUUCCGCCUCUGGUAUAAACGAUAAUGUAGAUGUCACAUUUAUUUCAAAUGAAGCACAUUUUAAAUGUUGACAGUUUAGUGCUCAUUCCAGCACACUUAAUUUUAUUUUAAGUUAUACCUGUCGUUUUCUUACCCGUCUAAAAGGAAAGGGACGGAUGAUUAACAGCUGUUGUUUUAAAAAUGAAUGAGUGAAUGAAACAACACGGGCGAAUGAAUGGCAUCUCGCUGAUAUUCUAUACGCCAACGUUAAAAUUUUCCCUAUUCUGCAGAUAAAGAAAAUGUCAAGUAUAACUUAAAAUAAAUUUAGUUGUCUGCUGGAAUUAGCACUAUUGAGCACCUUAAACACUGCCCUAUAGGAGUAGUAUUUGUAUUGAAAGGUAAGCGCCAUAAGAUACGUUUGUAUUGUUACUUAUCAGCGGUGGGGAUCAAAAUUGUACUUAGAUUUAAGGACUAUUUUUAUCUUGUAACAAACUAGAGCUUUAAGUUCACCAUUCCAUUGUGUUGUGUUAGAAGUGUUUAUUUAUUUCGAUUGUGCUGUAUUCUGAUAAUGAUACGUGCUAAUUCUAAUAUGAUUCUUCAAUACUCAUGUGAAACAUGAUUGACAUGAUUUUGAAUUAUUUGUACUAUUUUACUACUACGUACUACGAUAGUACAUGUGGAAAUUAAAUAUUUGGAAAUUAA